AUGGUGGAGCUGUCAUUGAGAAAAGCUAGAACGAAUUGGAAGCAACGUUCUUCGCCAACUAGAACGAACGGUUCAAGUGUGAAUGCUAGCAAUACAACGGUAAAGACAAAUCCUUAUCAGAACUUCAAGGACGCCACUAACUAUGCCCAGCUUCCAACGAUAGACUCAAAGGAGCGUGACAAAGUGGGAACCUUGAUGCAGAGAAGACUUUCUUUCCACGCUCCAAAAUAUGGUGGUGCUCCGGCAGACUAUUCAGCAGAGCCUUUGCCGUAUAGUCUAGAUGCAGAGCAGCAAUCAUCCCACAUGCGUAUCAACGACCUUAAGGCCACUUCUAGACAGAAUAGAUCCACUUCGAGUGUUGGACCCCAUAGAGUUGGACAGAAACAGUCUCACAGAGCUCCCCUACGUCAAAUUUUGAGUGAUCGCGCUUUUGAAGCCAAGGAAUACGUGUCCAGCACAUUGGGAAACGCUGGAGCACUUGAAAUUGAUCAAUUCACUUCGGAGCUGAAUGAUUUGGCGUUAGAGGUCACAGAUGAGAUCAAAGAAAACAUCUCAAAGUCAUACACUCAGGUUUUGCAAGUCAAUCGGGACCUCAGCAGUGCUUCUACAGAACUUAGACAGUUGAGAACAAAUGUUGUAGAGCUUCAGGAGGUGAUGGAAGAAUUGGUCACCAUGGCAGAAAAACGGUUGCAGCUAGAACGAGAUCCGCCCCAAACUGCAAACGUCGAAUCACAAUCACAACAACAACACUCACUACUUCCUCCAGCGAACGCCUCAAGGCGGCGGGAUCGAACGAGUGUUUUUAUGCUUGAGAAAAUGUGGAAGAGUGAGCUCUCGACUUUGUUCAGGGCAGUCGAAGGAGCCCAAAAGUUCAUAGCUCCUCUUCCGGGACGACACAUUAUUUUAGAGUCGAGUGAUUGGUACGAAAUAAACGCUGCCACGCUGAAGCCCUUGAAAGUGAUCCAUCUCUUUCUACUGAACGACAUGAUAAUGAUAGCGACCAAAAAUCAGGAGAACAAACAGCACGAGCUAAUAGUAUGCUAUUGUCAUACUCUGAAAGAUACAACCAUCAAUCCUCAAACUAAAAACAGAAUUUCGCUAGAUUUUGCAAGUCGCCGACAAUGUCUGAUACAAACGCAGAAGAGUCGAGAAUACGAGCGCAUUGUGUCUGCUGUGCGCGGUGCCAAGGAUGAUUUAAAUGUCAUUUCCCAGGCAGAAGAAGAAAACACGCGUAAGAUCAGAGACUCAUUCACAUAUUUACAGGCCACACAGAGCACUCCAGGAAGAGAUUUGACGCUCAGUCCUACGAAGGGCCACGCCCGAAACACCAGUUUGGGAAAUGCAGCGUCAGGGCCUCAAAACGACGCAAACGACUCGUUUGCGUUACAUGCUUUAAGCUCUUCCUUGAAGUAUCCUUCGCAGGCGGUAGGAGGAAAACGCAAUGCAGGGGUUCUUGGGCAUUUGGACGACGUAGUGGAUAAUUUCGACAUUGUUUUCGCUAGGCGUAAUUUCAAGGCUGCUAUUCAACAUUUACGGAAACUGGAGCAAUCCCUGGCGUCCCUCGAUAAAGACGGCGGUCAAGAAAAUCGAAUACUAUUGAAUCUAAUCCGUUUGAAAGUGGUAAGUCGCAAGGACCUCUUGGCAGGGAAAUUGACACAGUUAAUAUCCACCGAGAUCUCAAACUAUUCCAAUUUGCUUGAUUACGUUCGCAAUCUAAUAGCCUUGGACUACAAAUACGACGCUCUGGAUCUCUUUCUACAGAACAGAACGAAGUACAUCAACGAGUUAGUGUUGAAGGUUGGAACUUUUCAGAGUCCCACGCAUUACCUCACUCAAAUCGCUGUUAUUCGAUUCCAAACCCUAAAGACAGUAAUUGCUAGUGUCAAAGAGCUUUUCGAAAGCAAAAGUGACAGUUUUUCAUCGACGUUGGUUAGCUGGUGCAGCAACGAAGUGGAUCAGCACUUUGUCCUGAUCAACAAACAUUUUAUGAGCAUUGAAGCAAUUCCACCUUCUUCGAUCAAAUCUUCAAGAAGGCAGAUAGACGAACUGAAAUCCGUGGGUAUGGACUUCGUUUACAAACUUGACGAUUUUAUUCGCAAGAAUGCGGAGCGCAUUGAAUAG